CGAGAUCUUUGACCUCCUCGCGAUAAGCAGCAUUCACAUCAACUACUUUUUUUGAUAUUAUGGGUAUUAGUUGUCUGAGUUAGUGGACUAUCAGCAUUUAGAGUGUGGGUUCAUAGCUAAGAGUAAUGAAAAUGUGGGACCGUUUGGCUUUUCAUGCCAUAUUAUCUGCACACUUGUUGGUAGCAAUCGCUUUAGCAAUACCACCUUAUCCAUCAACAACAGUUCGUCCAAAUACAACAUCAGCUAUUCCAAAUACAACACCAGCUACUCCAAAUACAACACCAGCUACUCCAAAUACAACACCAGCUACUCCAAAUACAACACCAGCUACUCCAAAUACAACACCAGCUACUACAAGUACAACACCUACUCCAACACCUACUCCAUCAACUAAUGCAGAAGACUUACCUGUGUACUGUUCCAGUGGAAUUGGAUAUUAUGUUGAAAGAAUAAUGAAGGCUGAUUAUUUUCAAGCGUUUUUCUUCUGCAAAUAUCACGGACUAGAGCUCCUAUCCGUCACAUCUCGAGAUAUGGAGAAGUCUUUGGUUGAUGCUUUUUCUAACCUUGAUAUUGCAGAUGAUACGUAUUUCCUGACGUCCGCUAAAUCUCUCGAUACAAUCUCAAGUUCAAAUAAAAAUGAAUGGGUAUGGAUGUCAUCAGGGAAAUAUAUGAAGUACACAAACUGGCAGACAACCAAUGAUGUUUGGUCCUCUUCUAGAGUUCGUGAUGACUCAAACUCCUGUGUCAAAAUAUUUUAUGAUAGUCGCAAAAUCAGCUGGGUACAAACCAGUUGUUCUGAACUUAAUCAUUUUGUGUGUCAAACUGGCCCACUCAGUGGCGAUCCAUGUCGCGAUAAAUGGGGAUCCAAAUCCUUUUAUCCUCAAGUCAUCAUGGAAUAAAUGUAUAACAUAAUAAAAAGAGAAGGAAUAGCAUACAAUAAAAAUGAAAUAUUAUACUCAAUAAUCUAAGCAUCAUAUAGGGUGCUCAAACCAUGGAAUGCUACUAUAACAAAUAAACAGUUAUUGUUUCUUAUUUACUGGAUACAAACAAAUUAUUAUAUAACCGUUUGUUUUAUUUCUUAUCGCUUAUAAAACAUUAUUCUUUAUUGCAUUCUUUGAGUUUUAUUAAGCUCUAUCGAACGAGCUUGCAAUGAACAAGGUUCCAUACAAGGUCUAUAUAAUAAAUCAAUGGUUGCGAUCAAAAUGUCUGCACAUUACUUAAUAGGGAUGGUAGCGAAUGUCAAUUUUCGCGAAUGCAGAUGCAAACAUCCACUGCCGACAUUCGCGAAUGCAAAAACGAAUAUUCAGCUUUCCUUCUAUACAGAUCACGUCAAAACAUACUUGAAGGAAGAUGACUGCGAAUCUUUUAUUUUUGAAGUUUUAAAAAAUAAGAAAAAAAGCAAGUACGCAUCUAGUAUGUGAACCAAAACAUUCCUUUUCCACAAACAGUUUAAGAAAGGCGUGGGCGAUUUUAUUUGUAUUUUUUUAUUUGUUAAAAAUCUAUUAUCAAAGACACAUAAUUAUAGCUGCAUUAGUUUUAUAUGAUACACAAUCUUACUUCAGUUUGCUCAAUUUAUUACGCGUUCUUGUUGCCAGAGCUCAGUUUAAGUAAACUCAGGUGAGUGAGAUUUGUCAGCAGUGCAGCCUUUAUGUUAAGUUUAUUUUGUGCACGUACAAAAUCCACAAAAUACAAAUUGUGAAAUUUUUAA